CAAAAAUGGAUCUGCAAAUCUCGGUUUUUCUUCUGUUCAUUCUUUUCACUGCAGGACACUCUCUCAGAUGUUAUGAGUGUAUAAGUCUGACAAGUUCCUGUUCAAAUGCAAAUGUGACAACAUGUCAUAGUGGAUUCAACAAGUGCAUGAGUUCAACAACAGUGAUGGAAGCUGGUCCCUUGUCGGUGAGCACAACAAUAAAACAAUGUACAUCUACAUGUGUACCUGGGACCCUAAAGCUACCAAGUGGAGAGAACAGAACUACCUACUGCUGUGACACUGACCUCUGCAAUGCAGCAGAUGGCGUGUAUAAGGGAAGCUUCCUCCUGCUGUUGUCUCCUCUGCUCUUUUACUUCCUGUUUCAGUGACUGCAGCUGCAGCAGGGAAUUAAUAUCAAUACAUUUCUAUUUAUACUUCACUGAAUAAAGUGAAGUUCUUGUUUUGAUGUUUUUUUGGUAUCAUGAUUUGAAGAACUUAAAAUCUGUAUUUUACUAAACACUGUAACAGAAAAAUAAUUAUUAAAAAUAAAAAAUGCAUAUAUAAUAAUGAGAUAAUGAGUUU